AUGGAGGACGAGCUGAGCUUCUCGGACAUUUACGGCGGCCGCCUGGCGCUGCUGCGCCGCUACUACUCCCCGUCCUGCCGCGAGUUCUGCCUCAGCUGCCCGCGGCUCUCGCUGCGCUCGCUCACCGCCGUCACCUGCUCCGUGUGGCUGGCGGCCUACGGCCUCUUCACCCUCUGCGAGAACAGCAUGAUCCUCUCCGCUGCCAUCUUCAUCACCCUCAUAGGCCUGCUUGGUUAUCUCCACUUUGUGAAGAUUGAUCAGGAGACUCUGUUAAUCAUUGAUUCCCUGGGCAUCCAGAUGACUUCAUCCUAUGCCUCUGGCAAAGAAAGCACCACCUUCAUUGAGAUGGGCAAGGUGAAGGAUGUCAUCAUUAAUGAGGCUAUUUAUAUGCAGAAGGUGAUUUACUAUCUCUGCAUUUUAUUGAACGAUCCGAUGGAACCAAAUGGGAUAUCCCAAGUAGUACCGGUCUUCCAGAGUGCCAAGCCCCGGCUGGACUGCUUGAUUGAAGUGUACAGGAGCUGCCAGGAGAUCCUGGCACACGGGAAAGCCACACCCACAAGCCCAUGA